AUGCGUUCUAUGCAAACCAAUAGCAUUUAUUUUGAAAUCGAACAAAACGAGAACAUGUGUUUAGAUUAACCUAAAAGAUAGAACAAUUUGUAAAACGUGUUUUUUGCUAAUAUUAAAAUGGGUAAAAGUAAAUCGGAAGAAAAUGUAUCGGCUGCGGAUGAAAGUUCAGCAAAAGAUGAAGGUUUAUCUUACGAAGAAAAAUUAGAAAAUGUUAGUAUUAUUGCAAAACCAAUGGCUCCAAAGAAAUUAACCAAAAAAAUUCACAAAUUAAUUAAAAAAGCGAGUAAACAAAAAACAUUCUUACGAAACGGUUUAAAGGAUGUACAAACAAGAAUCCGUAAAGGUGAAACCGGGCUGGUAAUUUUUGCUGGAGAUGUUACACCAAUUGAAGUUAUGUGUCAUUUACCUGGUGUUUGUGAGGAUAAAUCCAUACCCUACUGUUACACUCCAUGUCGAGCUGAUUUAGGACAAGCCAUGGGGGUCAAACGUGGAUCUUUAAUGGUGCUUAUUCGUGAUCAUCCUGACUACAAAGAGCUCUACGAUGAGUGUAUUUCAGAGGUAAAGAAUUUACCUCAACCGUUUUAGAGUAUAUUUGAUUUUUUUUACAAUUACUAUAUGUAUUUAAUUUUUA